CGCGCCCCGAGGCGGAAGCCGGCGCGGGCUAUGCAGCGGCUGGCGUCGGCCGGGGCGCGAGCUAUCGUGGACAUGUCGUACACGCGCCACUUCCUGGACUUCCAGGGCUCGGCCAUCCCCCGGGUCAUGCAGAAGCUGGUGGUGACCCGGCUGAGCCCCAACUUCCGCGAGGCCGUCACCCUGCUCCGGGACUGCCCGGUGCCGCUCCCCGGGGACGGAGAUCUCCUCGUCCGGAACCGAUUUGUUGGUAUUAAUGCAUCUGACAUCAACUAUUCAGCCGGCCGCUAUGACCCAUCGGUGAAGCCCCCGUUUGACAUAGGCUUUGAAGGGCUGGGUGAGGUGGUGGCCUUAGGCCUCUCUGCUAGUGCUAGAUACACAGUGGGCCAGACGGUGGCUUACCUGUCACCUGGGUCCUUUGCUGAGUAUACAGUGGUACCUGCCAGAGCUGCCUUCCCAGUGCCCUCACUGAAGCCGCAGUACCUUACCCUGCUGGUGAGCGGCACCACCGCCUACCUCAGCCUGCAGGAGAUGGGAGGGCUGUCAGAGGGGAAGAAAGUUCUGGUGACAGCAGCGGCGGGGGGCACAGGACAGUUUGCUGUCCAGCUGUCCAAGAGAGCCAAGUGCCAUGUAAUUGGAACCUGCUCUUCUGAGGAGAAGUCGGCUUUUUUGAAAUCCCUUGGAUGCGACCGUCCUAUCAACUACAAAGCCGAGCCCGUGGGAAGCGUGCUCAAGAGCGAGUACCCAGAAGGGGUGGAUGUGGUCUAUGAAUCCGUUGGGGGAGCCAUGUUUGACUUGGCUGUGGACGCCUUGGCCACCAAAGGGCGCUUGAUAAUAAUUGGGUUUAUCUCUGGCUACCAAAGUCCUUCUGGCCUUUCGCCUGUGAACGCAGGAACGUUGCCAGCCAAACUGCUGAAGAAAUCUGCCAGCAUCCACGGCUUCUUUCUGAACCAUUACCUCUCCAAGUACCAGGGAGCCAUGGAGCGGUUGCUGGAGCUGUUCGAGGGUGGGGAGCUGGUCUGCCAGGUGGACCGGGGAGACCUGUCUCCAGAGGGCAGGUUCACCGGCCUGGACUCCACAUUCCGAGCUGUGGACUAUAUGUACAUGGGGAAAAACGCUGGGAAAAUCAUAGUCGAAUUACCUCACCCUGUCAGCAGUAAACUGUGAAAACAGAAUGAGGGUAUAAAUCAAAGGAGAAAGAAAAUGAGCACUGUAUGCUGCAGAAUUACUCAAAUCAAUUUAUUUUUAGUUGAAAAUGGAUAUAUCUUAAAAUAAAAGUUAGAUGUUAAUGAA